AUGCAGGUGUCAGAUCACACUGUGGGGCCUUUUUCCACAGGACAUACAGAAACAGUCAGGAUCCUCAUCGAGCACGGGGCCAGGCCGUGUCUGAGGACGGAGCAUGGAUGGACCCCUGCCCACUCUGCUGCAGAGUCCGGCCGACUGGCCGUGCUGCGGCUGCUGCACUCCCUGCAUGCCCCUAUAGACAAAGAGGACUGCUGUGGAGACAAACCAGUGCGAAUAGCCGAAAUAUACGGACACAAGGAUUGCGUUCGAUUCCUUAAAAAAGCAGAAAUUGAGUGCCAGGCCUACCGCAAGAUGGCAGCCCAGAAAGGGAUUUCAUUGGAUGACACAGACGAGGAGUGGGCAGAACAUGGAAAAGAAAAUGAAGAAAACAGGAUCUCUGGCAACAUUCAGACGUAGGCUUAUACUCACCUUUGCACAACAAAAGUGUGAACAAGAAUUUACAGUGUUUCAGUGCUUUAAUACGAAUUAAAAAUGUGUAAUAUGCAGUAUUGUUAAAAUCACAUAUCACAUUAUUAUGUCAUUUACUUUCACAUUAUAGUCUAAAUAAAUCUAAAGCGACAAACAAAAAUACAGGUUGGAAAUAUUUAUCUAUCAAACAAACAUUAUGCAUUGGACUUCUAUCAUAGGUAAUUAAUCAAAACAUAACAAAGAAAAAUGUGUAAUAUACAGUAUUGUUAAAAUAAAAUAUCACAUUAUUAUGUCAUUUAAUUUCACAUUAUAGUCUAAAUAAAUCUUAAGCGACAAACAAAAAUACAGGUUGGAAAUAUUUAUCUAUCGAACAAACAUUAUGCAUUGGACUUCUAUCAUAGGUAAUUAAUCAAAACAUAACAAUAUAAAUGUAACUUAAGAAGCUAUUAUCUACAGUUUUAUGUUUAAAACGCAGUGUGUUUUCUGUUGAAGAGUGCACUUAUUUUGAGACAAUUUUCACUUCUUCCUAAUUGAAUCUAGCUUUGUGGUGCUGUCAGUAGUUGAUGCUGGAGCCUGGAGAGCAGAAGAGAAGGAUGUGUAAAAUUAAUAGUCACUGUAUUGAUUUACAUGAGUAAACCCAGUUGUUGCACAUUUACCUUUUUCCCCAGACGAUUCCGCAGUGCUUCACGGGUCUGUCAAAAUUAGAUUAAAACUUUUGUAAAUGAUGCUAUACUACCUUGUUUCUGGUUUUUACUGUAAUUAAACAUUUGACUUCUUAAAAAAAAACAAAACUUUUUUUAAAAGUUAACUUCUGACAGCGUGGUGGCACAACAGCACAAUACGCCUGCCCUGAACAGGCUGUGUAAAGCUGGGCUGUCCCAGACGAACGAUGACCAAUGUGAAAGAAAUGUGGCGAUAUCUUUGGUCGUGGUUCUAAAAUGGUGGUCCUACAUUGCGCAGUGAGAGAGGUUCGAAAUAGCUGCUGUUACAGCCUACGUCUACAAACCAACCAGUAGAAAUGCAGCAUGAAAUGACACUGCUAAAUGCUAGUGGAUGCUAAUAUAUACAUCAAGCUCUCACUGCAAAAUUGGCAUGCUAAGUUGGCCUUUUUUCCUCAGCCACAACUGUGCCCACAUUUUCUGUGUUGCUGCAUUAAACUUAUAUAAUUGCUAA